AUGGUGCUGCUGCUGGUCAUCCUCAUCCCGGUGCUGGUGAGCUCGGCCGGCACCUCGGCGCACUACGAGAUGCUGGGCACCUGCCGCAUGGUCUGCGACCCCUACGGCGGCACCAAGGCGCCCAGCACGGCGGCCACGCCCGACCGCGGCCUCAUGCAGUCCCUGCCCACCUUCAUCCAGGGGCCCAAGGGGGAGGCCGGCCGGCCGGGCAAAGCGGGGCCCCGCGGCCCCCCGGGGGAGCCAGGGCCGCCCGGCCCGGUGGGGCCGCCGGGUGAGAAGGGCGAGCCGGGGCGGCAGGGCCUGCCGGGCCCCCCCGGGGCGCCGGGGCUGAACGCGGCGGGGGCCAUCAGCGCCGCCACCUACAGCACCGUCCCCAAGAUCGCCUUCUACGCGGGCCUCAAGCGGCAGCACGAGGGCUACGAAGUGCUCAAGUUCGACGACGUGGUCACCAACCUGGGCAACCACUACGACCCCACCACGGGCAAGUUCACCUGCUCCAUCCCCGGCAUCUACUUCUUCACCUACCAUGUGCUCAUGCGGGGCGGCGACGGCACCAGCAUGUGGGCUGACCUCUGCAAGAACAACCAGGUUCGAGCUAGCGCGAUUGCUCAGGAUGCUGAUCAGAACUACGACUAUGCCAGUAACAGCGUGGUUCUUCAUUUGGAGCCAGGAGACGAAGUUUACAUUAAAUUAGAUGGAGGAAAAGCACAUGGAGGAAACAACAACAAAUACAGCACAUUUUCUGGAUUUAUUAUUUAUGCUGACUGA